AUGCCAUGGGCAAAUGGAAUCCAAGCAAACAUUAUUUGCAAUGGAAAGCGUCUACCUGAGUAUCGCAGCCCUAAUUCAGCACCCAACACCGUCUUCUGCAAAUCCAUAGCAGACCAGACUUUUCAAGUGAAGUUUUCAGGAGGAAUGGAACCAGGAGAUUAUAUAGUUGACCUCUACUGUGAUGGAGUCUUCAUGGACGGACGUGCAUACCCUGAUAGCAAACAACUUCGAUCAACCUUCUACGGGAUCUAUCUGGAUGACACAAAGUUAAUGCCCUUCAAGUUUUCAAAUAGUGAGCUGUCAGAGGAAGAUGAUAGUCACUCAGAGGAUAUUCUUGAGAAUCUAGGCACUGUAUCAUUAGAAUUCUAUCACUGUAGUUUGGGCAAAGCAAAACCAGACCUACAACAGGAUAUUCCAUCUCUUGCUUCUUUGAUUAAAUUUUGUGAACGGUACAAAGAAGCAAUCAUGCUUCCACAUACCAUCAGCCUUGAUGAGUUGACUAUUGCACCAAAACCGCAACCUUCCAAAUCUGCCACCAUUCGCCAGAUGAAUCCAGAGCCAUUUCUACGAUUUGUAUGGAUCUACAUGUCUCGUAAAAUGUUGAUUGCCGCAGAUCUCCUUCCUCGGUCCGCCAGCCCACUCCCAUCACUCUUUAAAGACAGAGACUAUCAGAUCAUCACUGAACAUUCACAUGAUACCACUGAACAGGAAAUUGAGCCUUCAGACAAGCCAAAGACAAGCGGUAGCAAACCGGUGGUGAUCAAUCUGUGUGAAGACCACCAAACCACUGUGUUUUUUUCUAGUGUUGAGGAACCAAUUCUUAUUGAAGACAAUCAUGAUGAGCAAGCCAUUGAAUAA